CAUGACGUAGAAAGAGACGCCAUUAGUAGGGGUUGAGAGGGGAGAGCAGAGCGAACCAGCGAGCUGAGGGUGGGGGAAAUCACUUUGGUCUACAACAGCUGGGCGAGUGACAUUUCUGCCUAUUCUGAUUCGCAGGGGAUUCGUGUCCUCGACUUCUUGAUUUCGAUUUGAGACAUCUAAUGUGAUUAGAGGGAGAUACUUCAACUGAGCUACUUAUAUACCUAAUCAUAUUUAUUUCACCAUGGCGGCUGGCGGCGGAGCAGGCAACAAAACCUACUCUUUCAAGGUGGUUUUGUUGGGAGAGGGCUGUGUCGGCAAGACCUCGCUCGUGUUGCGGUAUUGUGAAAAUAAAUUCAACGACAAACACAUCACCACACUUCAGGCCUCCUUCCUCACCAAGAAGCUCAACAUCACAGGGAAGAGGGUGAACCUGGCCAUAUGGGAUACAGCAGGUCAGGAGCGGUUCCACGCGUUAGGUCCCAUCUACUACAGAGACUCCAAUGGAGCGAUAUUGGUCUAUGACAUCACAGAUGAGGACUCUUUCCAGAAGGUGAAAAACUGGGUCAAAGAAUUGAGGAAAAUGUUGGGGAAUGAGAUUUGUUUAUGUAUAGUAGGUAAUAAAGUAGAUCUGGAGAAGGAGAGACAUGUAUCAGUUGAAGAGGCAGAAGGGUAUGCAGAGUCAGUGGGGGCGAAACACUAUCACACAUCAGCCAAAUUAAACAAGGGAAUAGAAGAACUGUUCCUUGACCUGUGUAAAAGAAUGAUGGAGACGGCCCAAGCAGAGGAGAGGGCGAAGGGUAACGGAGCCAGCCAGUCAACGACAUCACGAAGGGGGGUACAGAUCGUGGACGAUGACCCUCAAGCCGCCACGGCCGCAGGGGGCUGCUGCUCAUCCGCUUAACCCCCACCCCCCACGUCCCAACUUACCCCCCACGUCCCAACUUACCCCAUCCUCCCCCUUUCCCCCCCUUAAGCAACCAGGACUGUUGCCUCUGCCCUCAGCCUCCCCUCUCAUCUCCCUCCUUAUGACAUGAAGACUGCUGUUCUCCCUCUGAGUCAUCAUACACUUUACUCACUACACUUCUCCCUCUAUGGAACAAUGUGCUGGCUUAUAUACUAUUCUUUAUACUGUAAUAUUCAUUCAUUGGCACCCCCUCCUGACCCAUCCAUAUGAGACUGACGACACCCCCUCCUGACCCAUCCAUAUGAGACUGACGACACCCCCUCCUGACCCAUCCGUAUGAGACUGACGACACCCCCUCCUGACCCAUCCGUAUGAGACUGACGACACCCCCUCCUGACCCAUCCAUAUGAGACUGACGACACCCCCUCCUGACCCAUCCGUAUGAGACCUCUGAGUGAUGAAGAGGUGAAGAGAACAUGAUAGGAAGGAAUCUGCCUCUGUCUUUCUACAACCUAGCAGAUGGACUUCUAACACACUAGUGUGAAAUACACACUCACACACUGUUGUGAAAUACACACACACACACACUGUCCCCACCUCUCUCAAAUGAACACAAACCAACAGACCGUACUAAAUUAGAAAUCAUAAAGACUCAUUCCCCAGAUAUGUAGGCCUUUUUUGGGGGGCGAGGAUAAUGUGCAUGAUGGAGUCAUCCGUCUCUGAAGGCUUCAUUUUGUUUCACUUUAGAGAAAGAAGAAAAAACCCUGAUCUUUAUUGUUGAUAAACUGAAGUACAUGUUGUAUGGAAAUGUGUCCAGGCCCUUGGUACUGCUUCUUCUUCUGUGGUGGUGAAGUGGUGAAAGCCCUCUGAUUCUGUCAUCCAGCUCUUUUCUUGGCCUGUGUUCAUAAAGCUUCUCGGUAGGAGUCCCACCCGUCUCUGUAACCUUAUUGAUUUAAGUUCUAAAAGACUGAACUGAUCCUAGAUCAGCGUUUCUGCUCUGAGACCCUUUAUGAAUACAGGCAUUGUGCUUUUUCAAUAACAAAAAAAAAAAUGGCAGAUCUCGAUCUUUCUCUCUGAUUUAAAAUGCAGAUUUUUUGCACUGACCCGUCACUAUCAAUGCUUUUGUUAUACUACGUUUUCUUCCUGUUUGCCGAGUUGCUCUGUGAAAAAUGUAAAUGACAAAAAAAAUACAUUGUUAAAAAAACAACCCAAAAAACGUAUGAAGAGUAUGAAUAACGUUGGAUGUUUUAUCUGCUUUUUACAAGCUUUGGGGAAACGAUACGCAGGUGUAGAAAAGUGUACAAUAGUCUUGUUAAUGAUUGUAAAAUGAAAUAACAAUUGUGGAUGAAAGCACACUUUCUGGAAUUGUAAUUUUUUAACUGCUAGUGUCGUGUUUUGUAAUAGAACAAUUAUAACUAUUUACAACGCA